GAACAGCGUCACAGAAGAUACUCGAGACUCUAACCAUGGGGACGGUGAGGGAGCUUCACCUUUCUUCUUCAUCUGCUGGAGUGCUGGGUCUUUCCGUCUGGAGUGACAGAUGGAUCUUGUACUUCAAUCCACAGGAGGGGGCCAGGCGGUUCACGCUCCAGGUCGAGAUGCAGUGCCGCUGCAUUGGCUGCGUCAAGAAAGUCGAGAAGGCCAUGGCGUCCAUUGGGAGUCUCAGGGGAAUCGAAACUUCGGUAGGGGAUGUUGGCACUGGGAUUGUCACGGUGGUUGGGAAGGUGGAUCCAACAGAGGUCUGCCACUGGCUGAAGAAGAAAACAAAGAAGAGUGUCAAAGUUGUCGGUCCUGAUCCAGCCAUUGAGAAUCACAACCAGAAAAUGGUAGUGAUCCUAGGAAGCAGUUCAAGAGCUUGGCACACUACACCCUCAGCUCCACCAUUACAAGAUGAGAUGUCCUGGGCUCUAGUGCCACCAGUAGGUCAGCAUGAUCAUAAGAGCCUACAGUUGAUCGAGGAGAAGAUCAAGGGCCUUGAGAAGGUCAGGGAUGUCCUGAAGAUCAAGAACCUGGAGAAUGAGCUGAUUGCAGCCAAGAGUGAGCUCGAACAGUCUAGGAAAGUGAUCAAAAGCAGUAAGAAGGCUUUGCUGGAUAGUGCUUUGAAUCAGCUCAAAGCAUAUAGGAACCUGGAGGCACUCAGUCAGUUACCAUACGACUAACAAGUAAAGUUAUGCAGCAAUUCUAUCUCCGUGAGAGUUCUGCUAGUUGCCACCAUAGCACCAUGUUUUGUGAAGGUGCUCUGUGGUUUAGUUGUGUCUUGCCACCUAGCAAGUAAAAGUUACCUAUCAAACCUGUCCAACGUUUGUUUGAACUACCAAAACAUCACUUGAUGUAAGUUUCCAGCCCACUAAGGCAAUUAUCAAUUUCUCACGCUUGGUGGUGUUGGUGAAAUUGCUCGUCCAU